GCCACACGAACAGCGAGUGCAUUCAAACCAUGACAAGAUGAAGGUCUCUUGUCUUUUAUUCCUCUUCAUUUUCUCGCUCGUCAAUGCCGCGAACAGCAAAGGGCCGAAGGUAACGCAGAAGGCGUAUUUUGACAUCACAAUUGGAGGUGAAAAACAAGGUCGGAUUGUCAUUGGUUUGUUUGGCGAAGUCGUUCCGAAAACUGUGAAAAAUUUUAUUGCUCUCGCAACACACGAGAAAGGAUUUGGUUACAGGGGGAGUAAGUUUCAUAGAGUAAUCAAAGAUUUUAUGAUACAAGGUGGUGACUUCACACAUGGGAAUGGUCGAGGAGGUAAAAGUAUUUACGGUGAAAGAUUUGAUGACGAAAACUUCAGACUGAACCAUUACGGUGCUGGAUGGAUCAAUAUGGCCAACGCUGGAAGAGAUACUAAUGGUUCCCAGUUCGCGAUAUUCACUGUACUCACGCCAUGGUUGAAUGGACAACAUGUUAUUUUUGGUAUAAUACUUGAAGGAAUGAAUAUUGUCAAGAAGAUUGAAAACAUCCGUGUUGAUGGCUCAAGUCCAACCAUAGAUUGCGUAAUAGCAGACAGUGGUGUGCUUCCACUCGAUAAACCUUUCUACGUUGAGAAAACACCAGUGCAAUAAUUACUGAUCUACAGCCUUACAGGCACUUCAGAAACAUAUUAAAAAACUUUCACACAACAAUUUUCAGGCUGAUUCAAAAAAUCUUUAGUGAAUUUUUCGGGAUCAUCAACUACCAAUAUUCUCCAUUACCAUUGGGGCAAAUCGACCAGAGCAAUCUUGAGCGUGCAUGCCACCCAAUCUUUAAAUUAUUCUGUUCUGAGGAAAUAGUUCCCCUGGCUAAUGUUUGUAUCUUAGGUUGUGUUUACACCUACAGGUGUAAGCUAUGGCCUGGCUUUGGUCUAGAUUUUCGCAGUGUGAACGUAAUAAAAAUCCAAUAAGAUUAAGUAUAUGAUUUCACUACAAACAAAAAAUUAACAAUUAUUCUUUGUGGAUAUAUUGUGACUAAUGCAUGGUCUUUUUGGGAUGGGCAAUGCCAAUGGAGUGAGAUAUAGACUAGUGAGGCACAGCUAGACUUUUCUAUUCUUGAUUCCAUAUGAAAUUAGUAGUUACAUAACGUAAGGGCAUUUGCGAAUUUCUGAAAGCAAGACUCCGUCAAAUGGGAAGCAAUAUUGCUUCAAAACCCCCAUCGUUAAGCCGGUUUUCCACUAGCGAUAUUUUUCGCGC